GGCAUGGGCGGCGCGGCGGCGGGCGGGCGCUGAGGGGCCGGCGACAGCAGGAUGGAGGCGAUCUGGCUGUACCAGUUCCGCCUGAUCGUCAUCGGCGAUUCCACCGUGGGCAAGUCCUGCCUUAUCCGCCGCUUCACCGAGGGUCGGUUCGCCCAGAUCUCCGACCCCACCGUGGGCGUGGAUUUCUUCUCCAGGCUGGUGGAGAUCGAGCCUGGCAAGAGGAUCAAGCUGCAGAUCUGGGACACGGCCGGGCAGGAGCGGUUCCGGUCCAUCACCAGAGCCUACUACAGGAACUCGGUUGGAGGACUACUCCUCUUUGACAUUACAAACCGCAGGUCUUUCCAGAACGUCCACGAGUGGCUGGAGGAGACAAAGGUGCACGUCCAGCCAUACCAGAUUGUCUUUGUUCUGGUAGGUCACAAGUGUGACCUUGACACACAGCGGCAAGUGACCAGGCACGAGGCGGAGAAACUGGCUGCUGCCUAUGGUAUGAAGUACAUUGAGACCUCGGCUCGGGAUGCCAUUAAUGUGGAGAAGGCCUUCACUGAUCUGACUCGUGAUAUAUAUGAGCUGGUGAAAAGGGGGGACAUUUCAAUCCAGGAGGGAUGGGAAGGGGUAAAGAGUGGGUUUGUCCCAAACGUAGUGCACUCUUCAGAAGAAGUGGUGAAAUCAGAUAGACGGUGCUUGUGCUGAGCUUCUCUAGAGAGGCGAGUGGUGAUGAACUCUACUAACCAAACAUACUUUACUAAGUGAACUCAGUGUGACAGAAGGGAGAGCAACACUCCCCUUGUGAACAGCCUUCCACAUUGUUUUGGACACCAGGACAGACCCUGGAAAGAAAUAUUCUUUUCCAAAUAACCUUUCAGAACUGGGGGCUACAAACCCAAAGGAGAGUGAGUGAGGGUGCAUGUGGAUGUUGUAAGGAGAUGAGAAGCAGAAAUGAGGGGCUGCACAACACAGAAAAGAGUAUACAGAGCUGAAUGGGCUGGUACAUGCCAGGCUACUGUACAUGUUCUCUUUUAAGUAAACCCAUAGCUCCCUGCUGCCUUUUGGAGCCACAAAAUGGAUACUCAGUUGUAUGAAAAACAGGCAGACAGAGAAAACAGGAGGACAUCUUGGUUUGUGUCAGCUAUUUCUUUCUAGGAAAGUCUAAAGGCAGCAUAGAUACCAUUUCCUCAUAAGGUCAGUUUCACAAGAGAAGUUUCCGGACAUGGUAUGCACACUUCCAAGUUUUCUUUCUUAUGUUCUUGAAUGUAGUUCAAUAGCAAAGAAUAUUUUGUGGGAUUUAAAGAGGAAAACAGUAGUUAUUUAACUGGUAAUUAAAAUUUAAAUUAUUCAUCCCUAAACAGUGUUUUUCUUGCUGUGCUGAACCAAGACUCUGAGUGGCAACUCUUGCUGUAGUAGCGAUUAUUCAAUGCAAUUUUUACUCAUUUACUGCCUGGGUGAGUACUUUGGAACUACCCUAAGUCCAGGGCUUUUCAGUAGAAUUAAGUGAUGAAGAGCAUAAAGAGAGAACCAUGUCCUCAGGUGUUAUGUCUUAACACUGGGGUGUUGCAGCCAAGUGGGACACACCAUUUCUGUUUCAGUAACAGCACUGUGCUGACCUUACCAGCCAGGUCACAAGAAGGAAUGGAAAGGAGGAAGAGAAAAAAGAAACCAAACAAAAUAAAAACUUGAAAAGGUUAACUCAGGUGUAUCAGACAUCCUAAAAGUUGAGAUUUGCUCUUAAAGAAGUUAAAUAGCAUAGAAAGCAACAGCUUCCAUCGGUACUUUCUGCUGUUAAAGUGUCAUUUUCUGUCUUGGCCUCUGUGGAAGAGAACUGGCACUGGGAAGGUAGAACACACAGCAGGAGUGUCUGAGCAGGUGGAAAGCUUCAAGACACACUCAAGAGUAAAAUUUGUUUUCCUCCAUGUUUUAGUUUGACAGAAGAGGAUCCAUCUCAGAUUUGCCAUCAUGGGGUGACAGCCAUGUCACAAAAACUGUAUGUAGGUGGAUGUUUUCUGGGAAUGCCAUUCACCACUUAAAAGCUUUGCUUCUGCCAAAAUUUUAACCCAAGCUUUUGAAGUGCAGUGGGGUGACUGUGCUCCUGUAGCAAAUUAGGGAAGUUCAGCCUAUUGAAAGUGAAAAAACAAAAUGAUAGUGACUUUUUUACUUGUAUUUGAAAGCUUUAUACACCAAACUGCAGUGGGAAGAAGGGAGGGUUUAGGUAAAAGCCACAGGAAGCAUCUAGUGUUUAUUUUAGGCCUGUGAGUAGAGAAAAAGAAAAUUGUUCCAGCUUUUUAAUCUGUCCCAUCUACAGAAAUACAGAUCUUAAUGCUAUUGAGUUCAGACUGUUUCUCCUUCUGAACCUGUUUGCAGUUUGCAGCAGUACAUGGGUAGGUCUGUUCUAAGAGAAAACCUGUGGUUUCCAUAUUGAAACUGUAAAAAAACCCCAAACCUCCAGCAAACAUAACCUAACAACCCAAACCCUGAACACUUGUUUCUAGGUGUUCUAGGAACAAUUUCACUUCUUGGUGUCGGCAGGGGAGCAGCAGCGCUGUACCUGCUGGGAGGGCAUAGGGAGCAAAUGCCACCAAGGGGUGUGGCAGUGACCUGGUGCUUCUUGGUGAGCUUAAAUAGGCUUGAAUGUAUCCAACACCUCAUGCUAAAGGCCAGUGAAUGCCAGGCACUUGGGGUUGAGUUGAGUGCCCUGAAAGUAAAGUAAAUAAAUAAAUAAAUUAAAAAAAAAAAAAAAAAAAAAAAGAGUGCCCUUUACAAAAAUCUGGUUUUGGCUGAGCAAAGGUGGAUGCAGGGAGCACCCCAGGAACUGGGCAGAUGUCAGGGCAGAGUGUGGGAUUUGCUCCGACCAGCUCAGUCAGUUGCAUUUCACAAAGGCAGGGACAGACAGUACCAAAGGGUCAGUUUCUAUUCCCUGAAUGGAAAGUCCACCAAGCAAGCUACUUCAGCUUUUCAGGGGCCAGCUGGACACUAGGUCUGUCUGUCUGGGGGUGUCUGUCUGAGGAUAGCAGCAGCCCCAAGGGCAGAGCCAGAGUGUGACAUGAGGGGCUAUGAGGAGUUGGAUCAGACAUCUUAGCAAUAGUCACAUUCUGUAAUUCCCCUGUGUGAAAGCCUGGCCAGAGAGGAAAGAUCACUUCAUGAGACAGACAAUAUUUUAUUUAAUGCGUUUUGGACAUUCCCCUUUACUGCUCCCAGGGAGAAAUUCUAGAAAGCCUAAGCCAGUAAGUGCAUUCAGAGUGAAAUCUUCAGAGUGAAUCUUCAGUUUAAAUACAGAAGUGUUGUAAUUCUAAAGAGGAACAUUACAGAAGAAAAUGUACACAGUCUUAACUACUUAGAGUUAAUAAAUUGUUAUAUUAAAUGAUAGAGAAAUCAUUAUCUACAUCUUUUUCUAAUUCCUUGCAUUUUCUAGACAGCUUAUUAAAAUACAGGAAAUGUAGAUUCAUCUGUACAAAAUUUGGAAUGAUUUUUCUAAGAUUAAAUACUUAUUGGAUAUGCUAAGAAUUCUUUUCUAACAACUGGUUUUAAUGCUUUGACUUAGAGGGACUUUGAGAAAUCAGGUGAUACCUUUCAUAGGCUAAAGGUCAGGAGCUCUUAUACUCUAGGACAAAAAGAGAAAAAAAAAGCAAAAGCUAACUUUCUGUGGUCUCUACCACAUAUUAAAAACAAUCUGCAUGUUAGACUGAACUUGCUCAGAACCUCCAGAAUAAAAGCAUACUUUACACUGUC